AUGUCUGGAAAGCGAAGAACUCGAGAUUCAGAUCGACAUCAUGAGUCAGUUUCUAAGAAAGUUCAAAGAGUAAUAGAAGAUUUACUCAACUCAUGCGAUCCUUAUGAAUCAAAGCACGAUCGUCCAGGCUCUCCUCUAGAAAUAGCUGAAGAUGCCCAAGAAAUGCUUUCUGAACUUAACCAGAAGAUUGAUAAACUUUAUAGUUUCUAUGAAAAUGAAGUAAAACAAUCUAGAGAAAAAGAAAGAAUUGAGAAAGAAGCAAGAAGCUAUCUAAAUAAUGCAAAGCCCGAAGAAAUGGAUCUAAUUGCAAUGAAACGGGAAACUCUUCGAAAAUUUGUAGAAAUGACUCCACAGAAUGAUAGUGAAGAUUUAUGAAUGUAUAGUCUUGGGAAUACAUUUGAUAGGAAUGAAAUAAAAGAAUUGGAAACUAAUUUACAGUCAAAGUUGGCUGAAAUACGUGAUGAGAUUUCACAGUGUAAAAUGGCCCUUUCGAGUCUGUUAACUCAAGGGAUGGCUGGGUUUACAAUGGCAAAGCUAAUAGCUUAUAGAGAUAUUCUCAAUGAAUGCAAACUGUUAACAAUUCAUGAAGACCCAGAAUCUGGCUUGCUUGAGCUAUGUGGAGAGCAUAUAAAUGAUUUAUCGAUAAAAAAUACUGUGAAUGAUUCUAUUGAGCUUACUAAAUUGCUAAACACUUAUAAAGAAUAUUUAUUAUGGGUUUUCUUAGCUUUACAAGGAGGCAAUAAACAGAAAUUUGCAGAAAUUCAAAAUGAGAUCAUCGAAAAGGGUUAUUUACUAGAAAAGCAAGACUUGGACCACCCGAUCGCAGAUUCUAUAAAACCUAAACAAGAAGUGGAAGAAGAAGAACUUUUCGAUGUAUCUUUAGACGAAUAA